AUGGACAUCUCCGACAUCCUCACCUCCAUCUCCCACCCCACCACCGCCGCCAACCUCACCUCCGCCUCGCACAGCAACAGCAGAAACAACAACAGCAGCAAGCCGCACCCCCGCGCCCUCGACCAACAAGCCCUCACCCGCGCCUGGAUCAACGAGCGCGUCGCGCCCGAACUCCUCCCCUACCCGACCGCGCUGGUCGAGCGCUGCACGCGCGCGGUCGCGGGGCAGAUCGAGGUCUUGGAGGGCAUGGCCUCGGGGGGAUAUCAAGAUGAUGGAGGAGGAGGUGGUGGCGGUGGCGGUGGUGGAGGUGUUUUCGGAAUGGUCGUCCUGCAGACCGAGUUGGAGCGCUUUCGGUUUUUACUCCGGGGGUUCUUGAGGGCGAGGAUCGCGAAGAUCGACCGACACCCCCUCCACUAUCAAACGCUCCACCUCCAAUCCACCACCACCACCACCACCUCGACGACAACAAAAAACCCCCAACAGCCGCUCCUCUCCCCCCUCGAACACCAAUAUCUCACCACCCACUCCGCCCUCCUCGCCGCGCACCACACCGCCUGCUUCCUGUCCAGCUUCCCGCCGCAGCUGCAGCGCCUGGACGACGCCUCCGGGGCCUCGUCCUCGUCGAUGCGCGACCGCCCGGACCUGGACGCCGCCGUCUUCGCGCGGGUGCUGAGGGACUGCCGCGUGAGAUCCCUACCGGAUCCCGGGGAGGAGGAGGAGGAAGAGGGAGGGAGGGACGAUGGCGAUGCUGAUGCCGAUCUGGAGGUCCGCAGGGGCGAUGUCUGGGUCCUGAGGUGGAGGAGCGUCCGACGCGCGGUCGGGCGGGGCGACGUCGAGUUGAUUUGA